AUGACAUUGCUAACACAGCCCGACACAGAGCAGUCUUCUCCUGUAUCCACUAGAGGAGGGCGCAUCCGCUCGAUAUUACGGAAACCAGCGUCGAACCUCGCCCUACGGAUCUCAGACCUGGAUCGAUACCGCCUCAAUAUGUGGGAAGUCAGCUGGGCGGCUCCCAAAGAGUCGAGAAAGGAACAUCGCGAGAACAAGGAGUCUGCUUCCAAGAGUGCGUCGCAGACAGGGCGAUCGUUGUUUGGUCGGGGAUCAUCUUCAUCGUCAAACGAGGUACCAAUAUUCAGCAACCUUUACAAGAGGAGGAAUCUUGAAACGACCUCACCGACUGCGUCAAAUUCUACUUCUUCAUCAAAGGCUUGUGCGACGACAGCGAGCAAUUAUGAGCUUGACUCGGAUAGACUUUCCGUAUUUUCCGCAGUCAGCGAGCAAACAACGGUGCAUAUUUCGCACCUCGUCGAUCUCAAUAAUAGAAGAAAUGGUCAAUUAAUAGACACCACUCGACCUUCGCCAGAUUCAUACGACCGCAACGACCCGCACGACGACCCUCCUUCACCGACACUGACGACAUCCUCUACGCCAUGGGAUACGGAUACACUAGAAAACGUCUUGUUACGUCCAUGGCCGCUUAUUCAAACUCUCAGCGAUGACUCUUUCGUCGCCCGAAGCACAGAAGCGUGUUCAAUACCACGCACGUCGUGUGACAUUCCAUAUCUCAUCAACUGCGGAGUGACGAUUGUGGCGACUUCGAGCGUCAAGUCCAAGUCACGCGGCCGAUCAUCAAGUAACAAAUCACAACCACCGCCUCAACCUCCCCGUCCACACAGUAGCCGCUCGUACACCCCGAUGCACAAAACACCACGACGCAUGGCGUCUUACAACAACUCGCUGAGAGCCGAAGCAAUUGACGGCUGGAAACCCCCCAAUGAGUGGCACUGCACGCCUACAGAGCCGUCAUUCCAAUUUCCCGACAAUGUAGAGUCGCCGGAACCUGACAUACCAAAGGAACUGAAUGAGAUGCAGCUCGGUGUUAAGCGUUUAGCCAGAGAAGACAAUAAGGUCAGGUUGUUACGAUUGACCGAGUCGCAUGACGUGAACGGAUCUCCAAGCUCCAGUCAAGACUUGGAGAUUGAGAAGAUGCAGUGGAUGUUGUCCGCACUAUACAACAUGGACGGCCCCAAUUACCCUGACAUCAGUGAUGAGAAUACGGAGUGUGAACCUUCCGAUCCACCAAAGAAGGUACUCGCUCUUUAUGAAACGCCCGCUGUUACUUCGUAUCUGGCCGCCGUCAACCACAGUAAACAGGUGUAUCAUCUAUCAGCAGCACCUCUAUCUCCCAUAGCAUUUCCAAACAUCCAUCCAGUCCUUUCACCAGUACGAUCACCCUCGGCCUUCCCUGUCGCACCAUCCACCAUCGAAUCCGUCCAUUCUUUACGGCUGCCUUUGGUCAUGGCAUCACAAGAAAUUCCUGCUCUGUUGAAAAACAUACACAGGUGUCUCGAGCCAGGGGGUUCACUGUAUCUCACCAUCAUCGACCCACUCCCUCUAACUAGCACUCUUGGCCCAUUACUCCGAUCAUGGAUCGAAGACCAUCUACUGUUCAACCUCGAAGCAAGUUUCCGGUGUACCAACCCUAGCAAAGUUUUGCCCCUGUGGCUGAAGAGUGCAUCGCUACUCGUCGAUCCCAAUUUGGUUGAAACACGUCAAUUCUACGCCAUUCCGCUUGACGAUAGCCAGUUACAGUAUGUACGAGAUGGGCAUGAGUCAGAAGAUGGGCUGAGGCAGGAGCUUCGCAACACUGUGGGCAGAAUGCUCUGGAUGGAGAUCUGGAGAGAAUACAUCAUUGCUGAUAGCUGGUGGUGGGAUGACCCGGAUAUUCUCCACGAGUGUACACAGCUGCAGACGACGUGGGAAUGGCGCCUGAUUGAGGCUGUAAAAGAUAGUUAA